GACCCGCGGAGCCAGUCGUGACUCGGGGCGCGCGGGGAGCGGACGCAGCGGGCGCGGGGCCCCGGCGGGGACUCUGCGCGCUCGGGACCCUGAGUCCGGCCCAGCGUAGGCAGCGGGACGGCGGCUCGGAGGAGGUGUUUGCUGAAACCAGUGGCACUGAUGAAAUACCUACCGUUUUCUGCUCAAGAACUUUUCAAAAGUACAGAAUUAAAAAUUAGGGAGCUGCAUCUGUCGGCACACACCUGUAAUCCCAGGACUCAAGCAGCGGAGGCAGGAGGAUCACCGCAAGUUUGAAGCCAGGCGGGCUUCAUGCAUUUGUUGAGUGCUGGGCACAGGAGAGUGGUCAGGCAGAACAGACAACAGAUCAUUCAGAGUGGACAACAGAGUGUGAUUGACCCCAGCACCAUGGACCGCUUCCUGCAGGACGUGCUGCAGCACCACCCCCACAACUACCAAGACACCAGAGCACAGCCUGAGAUGCCCGCACAUCCCAUGUCACCUGAGAUGAUCCGUUUGGAUGAGGUCUUCCCGGAAGACACUGAUGUUGAAAAGAGAAGCCCCAGGAAUUCUGAAUCUGUUGAGGGAUUACCUCCUCGCCCUCGUGUCUCUCAGAACUCUGCAGGGGAGACUUUGGUUCGGCCAUCAGUUAUCCAGAAACUAGAGAGGGGACAGCAGCAGUCUUUGGAGUUGAAUAAAAUUAAGAGUGGUGUGAGAAUCAAUCCCGCAGUUAUUGGUCAGCCUUCCAAUAGUGGGAGAAGCAUAAUCCGUCCUCCUGUGAUUUGUAAUGUUCCUGCUAGGUGUCUGCCUGGAAGUUUUCAUGCUAGACCAGUUGCUGACAAUCCUAGACCAGUGUCUGCCAGUGCUAGACCAGUUGCCGCGAGUACUAGUAGGAUACCACUAGCAACUCGAUCAGAGUCAGUCAGCAAACAUAAAUCAAGCAAAGCUGACAAGGUUGAGCAGCUAGAUGAGGGCCCUAGAAAUCAUAUGCCCUCACAUCACCCAAAAACUUCUUCAGUUUCUCAUGAGAAUCCUAAAGAAUCCAGUAAAAAAUCUGUACAUGCAAUUUCAAAUAAGUUGCUUGCCCAGAAAGGUGUAAAAUGUCAGGGUGAAACUAAAUUCCGUGAAUCAAAGGACACUAAGAGUCCUGUCCAAGUGGAAUCUUCUUCUAAAGUAGCAGUAAACCCAGUUCUAAAACUGAAUACAUCUGGUGUGCGGACUGCCAAACGGAUCUCGGGACGCACCACCCUAAAGCAGAUCUUGGAAGGUGCCACCCCAAAGCGGAUUUCGGAAGGUGCCAUCCCAAAACGCAUCUCAGAAGGUGACACCCCAAAGCGGUUCCCGGAAGGUGCCACUCCCAAGUGGAUCUCAGAAGGCGCCACCCCAAAGCGGAUCCUGGAAGGCGCCACCCCGAAGCGUGUCUCAGAAGGUGACACCCCAAAACGCAUUUCGGAAGGCACCAUCCCAAAGCAGAUCUCGGAAUUCGCCACCCCAAAGCGCAUCUCAGAAUUCACCACCCCAAAACGCAUCUCAGAAUUUGCCACCCCAAAACGCAUCUCGGAAUUUGCCACCCCAAAACGCAUCUCAGAAUUCGCCACCCCAAAGCAGAUCUCGGAAUUUGCCACCCCAAAACGCAUCUCAGAAUUCGCCACCCCAAAACGCAUCUCAGAAUUCGCCACCCCAAAACGCGUUUCAGAAGGUGCCACCCCAAAGCAGAUCUCGGAAUUCGCCAUCCCCAAGCGCAUCUCAGAAUUCGCCACCCCCAAGCGGAUCUUGAAAGGUGCAAUUCCAGUGCGCCAUGGGAAAGAAUUUCUGUCACAGACAAGUCUCACCCGGGAAGAAAAGGGUACGAUUCACAACAAGCCAGCAGUUUCAAAACCAAAGGGCUCAGUGAGUGCUAAAGUCAAGUUUGAUCGCAAGUCUCUGCAGUCAUCAUCCAUCUCAGCCCGGAAGGCUGUACAAGAGCUGCACCUCUGGAAAGAGGAACAAAGUGAUGACAAAGAUGAGAGCAGUGGGUCGCAAGAGUCUGAAACAAGUUUUGAUUUUGAUUCAUUUUCUCCUUCACCAAUUGACCUAUCUGAAGUCACUGCGAGAAAAACAAAUGUUUUAGAAGAAACACAUGAUGCUUCGCAGGACCAGAGUGAUAAAGCUUGUUAUUCUGAAAUAAGCUCAGAGGAAGACUUUGAUGAUACUCUUGAAGUUUCCAACCAAUCUCAAGUGCUUGUCGAAGAAAAAAGCCCUUCAAAAGCAAAACACAGAAGCCUGGUGGAUGAAAGCUAUGAUUCCAGUGGUUCAGAAGUGAAUUUUGAUCACGCUAACUCAAAGCCAACCAGCAUCAACCCCCCACAGCCUGACGCAGAUGUAAUCUUUCCUAAUGGUGUUCCCAUCAAUUUGGUGGACAGGAGCUAUGGAUCAGGCAGCUCCAAAGGAAGUGCUGCUUCUGUGGCCUCACUUGAAUCCAUAGUUGAGUCCUCCACGGAUGUCACAAAAAAGAAGCAUUACACAAAGCCUCGCAUUUGCCUGGUGGAUAAGAGCUACGGGUCUAGUUACUCCAAAUCAAGUUCUGACAGUGAUGGUUCAUCUUGGUCAGCAGCUGACCACCCCCAAGCAACUGGUGCUGAAGGAAGCCAGAAAGGUAGACCUGUCCAAGCCAAAAAUAAGAAAUGUAAGCCAAGUAACGCCAAAGCACAUCUCGCUUGUGUUUCUCUUGAGGCAGAGUCUCAUCGGCCCCAGAGAGAUGUUGGAGGAAUAAAGCUUCAGAAAAAGAAGAAGGCUGGCCUUGUGGAUAUGAACUGUGAGUCUCAUGAUCCUGACACGGGUUUUCAUGCUGAUGCUCAAUUAGUGGCUGAUGAAUCUCAAGUAGCAGUUAAAGAAGUAAACCCUCAGGCUGUAGAUAUUGAUCUAGGAAAUAAGAGUGUUCAAUCUAGCAUUUCUGGUCUAAGUUUUGAGUCGCAUGAUUGUUUUUAUCAGUCAGCUAAGGAUGAACCUGAAGGGCAUUUAGGUGAAGUAAAUCAUAAAGAGUUAAAUGUUGGCGUGGAAGCUAAGAUCAGUGAGCAUUCCAGUUCUGAGUUGACAUUUGAUUCCGAUUCCCCUCUUCUGUCAAUUACUGAGCGGUCUCAGCUGGAUGUUGAAAGACUAAAAGAAGAUCCUUUUAAGCUGGAAGCGGAGAGCUGUGGGUCAAAUAGUUAUGACCUAACUUUUGAUUCUGAUAUUCCUGCUUGCUCAGUAGUUGACCAACCUCAAGUAGCUGUUUAUCAGGAAGAGCCUGUUGAUCUGGAAAAUGAAAGUGAUUGUGUUUCUGAAAUAACUUUUGAUUCUGAUAUUCCUCUUCAUUCAGGAAAUGAUCAACCUGAAGUAGCUGUUAAAGAAGUAAUCAUUCAGGAAGAAGAAUACAUACCCUUAGAAAGGAAGAAUGCAAAACUCACUUGUUCUGAAAUAAAUUCGGAUUCAUACACCCCUCUUCAUUCAGUGACCAAUCCUCCCGAAGUAGCCAUUAAAAAACUAAAUUCUCAAAAGGAAGAGCAGGUGCACUUAAAAAACAAAGAAAAUGAGCCUGCUGAUUCCAAACUAAAUUUGAAUCAUGACAUUUUUCUUUCAACCACUGGACAUCCUGAAGCUCUCAUUCAUUGCAGCAACUUUCAGAAAGAAGAGUGCGUAGAAAACAUGCAAAACGAAGCCAGUGUUUCUGGAACCCACUUGGAUUCUGACACCCCUCUUCUGUCAGUGAUUCAAAAGCCUCAAGCAGUUGUUAAAAAUAUUUGGCAUCCCAAAGAAAAACAGGCUGAUUUUCAAGGCAAAAGGGCUAAAUAUAGUGCCUCUGAAAUAAAGCCUAACAUCCCUCAUUCUCCGGUAACGGAGCCUCAGGUAUCUCUUAAAAAAAAAGAAAAGAAGAAGCACAUUGAAAAGAAGACUGAUAAAUAUGGAGACUCUGAGCGAACUCUGAGUUCUGAUGACUUUCCUCAUUCAAUGCCUGAAAACCCUCCACCAAAUGUCUGGCAAGAGGACUCUCUUUACCCGGAAGGUGAGAGUCCUCCCUGGACAGGAUUUGAAGCAAAUGUGGAUGUUACUGGCUCUUUUCACCCAGUCUUUGACCAACCUCCUCUGUUCCUUUUGAAAAAGAAACACGUCACUAGGAAAGACAAAAGGAGCAGACCUAGUGGCUCCAGAGUAAGUUUCGGUUCUGCUGACCAUCUUCAGUCGCCGCCUGAACACGACCACAGAGCGAUUACCACAGUUAAUCUAUGGCCAGAAGAAGCUAUCACCCUGCAACAUGACAUCAAUGCGCCCAGUUGCUCAAAAGCAGUACCUAGUCCUGCUGUUUCUCUAAAGUCUGCCACUGGUCAACCUGCAAUAGCUAUUCAGCUCCUAGGCCGGGGAAAAGAUGGUCGGGUGCACUUGGGAUAUAAGAGCCAAAAUGUUUCUUCUGAAAUGAUUUUGGACUCAGAUUUCUUGGUUCAGGCAAUAAUUGAUCGCCCUUACGUAGCUGUUGAGAAGUCAAAGGGAGAUGGUAAGAACGAUCAGUCUGGAGAUUCUGAAGGAAACUCUGCUGACACCUCUGCCCAACCAGCAGCUAAACAGCCAAGCAAAACAGUGAAAGAAACAGCCCCUGGCAGAGGUGGAGGUGUUGAUGUGGAAGGUCAGCAGGGUGCAGCUGAGAGUUGUGAAGUUAUGCCUGAUUCCAAUGUCCAUCAGCCAGUGACUGGCCAAACCAAAGUCAUUCAAAAGAAGAAAUGGAAAAAGCAUCUUGGCUUGAAGGAUAAAAAUGUCAGACCUAGUGAUUCUAAAAUAAAUUCUGAUUCUAAUGAACCCUCUUGGUCUAUGACUAAUGAAAUUCAAGAGCCUCUUAAAGAAGCAGACCUUCCGGAGAAGGGACAUGUUUAUCUUGAGCAUAAGGGCUAUGAACCUGAUGGUUCUGAAAUAAUUUAUGUUUCAAAUGUCCCUCUUCAGUCAUCCAUUCAGCAUCCACAAAGUUUGCGAGAGACGCAUGCCAGUUUGGAAAUGAACUGCAGUGACCCUCAUCCCUCUACAAGUUUUGAUUCUAAUGAACUUUUUCAGUCAGUGCCUUUGGGACAGCUUCCCAUAGCUUUCGAAGAAAUGAAUCUGAAGGAGGACCAUGUUUACCUGGGAGACAAGAGCUACAGACUGAUUGAUUUUGAAACAAGUUAUGAUUCUGAUGUUCCUGUCCAAUUUGUGGUUGAUUCUUCUUCUCAUGCAUCUGCCAAAGACAUAAAUGGUCAGAAGGAGGCUUAUGGUGACCUGGAAAAUGAGAGCUAUCCCAUCUGUUCAGAGGCAGAAUGUGAUUCCAGUAUUUACCUGCAGCCAGAAGCUGAUCCCACUCAGGUGGCUUGCAAAGACAUCAACUUUCAGAACACGGAGCUUUUUGACCUGAAAGACAAGGCAGGUGAACCUGGUGCUUCUGAGAUGAUGGAUGAUGCUGAUGUCUCUUUUCAGAUUAUUGUGAACCAGUCCCAGUCAUCAGAUGGAGAAGCUGAUCCUCCAGAGGUGGUAUUUGUGGAUGAGAAGGCCAGUGACAGUGACUGUGACCGGGAAGUAAUUUCAGAUCCUGAUGACCCACCUCCUUUAAUCCUCGAAGGAACCAGGUGCAUAAAUGAACUCAUUGGGAUAGCAAUGCGCUACUGUCACUUCUGUGGUUCUGAGCUAAGGUUCGAAGCCUCUUCUCUAUCUGUGAGUGACCAUUCAAAGAAGAGUUUCAGAAUAUUAACACGGAACAAAGACUAUAUUAUUCUGGGAGACUCCCACUGUCAAUCUUGUGGUUGUGAAAUAGAUUUUAACAUGUAUGCCUCUAACCCGUGUGUGUCCUACCAGUCACAGGGGGCUGGUGAAGAAGGGAGGAGCUACGGAGCCAGUGGUGCUGAAGGAAAUGUUCAUGUCGAAGGCACCUCUCAGAAAACUAACAGUGCAGGCAGGCCGCAGAAGGAUCCGAAGCGUACCAGACUCAUUGAUAAGAGCUGGGAGAGCAGUGGUAGCUCUGCAGUGGACGGUGCUGGCCCUAGCGGGUCCAUGAUCCCUCACAUUGCUGAUGGAGGAAACCUUCGGAAGCCAAAACGUACAGACCCAGCAGGCAGGAGUGGCACAUCUCACGGUUCCGGGGUGGAUGCUCAACGUGAUCCUUCCACACAGGCUGACGCCAAGCAGCCUCAGAAAGUUGUGAAGAAAACACGCCUAGGGAGGAAGGUAAGCUUUGACACAAAAGAGUACCAUUACUACCCGUUCAGCUCUGUGGUUGCCUGUGGGAAGAGCCGGGACAAAGAACCAAAGGUCAUCAAAGCUGAUCUUAGUCAACCAGACCUCGAAGCUCUGUCUCCUGCCUGUGCUUCAGCUGUGGGAGAUGCACGGCUGCAGAAAGUGAAGGGUGAUGGCCACAAAGCUGAGGGCCGUGUAAAGGAACGGAAGAAAGCUCUGCCUCCUGCCUCCGCUUCAGCUGUGGGAGAUGCACGGCUGCAGAAAGUGAAGGGUGAUUGCCACAAAGCUGAGGGCCGUGUAAAGGAACGGAAGAAAGCUCUGCCUCCUGCCUCCGCUUCAGCUGCAGGAGAUGCACAGCUGCAGAAAGUGAAGGGUGAUGGCCACAAAGCUGAGGGCCAUGUAAAGGAACGGAAGAAAGGUCGACACCAUGGUUCCUCUCAUGACAACCACUGUUCUGCCAAGAAAGUUUCGUUGAAGGAGGAGAAGAAGCCUGCGUGGCCCCACUCUGAUCAGAAUGCUCUGCCUGUUCAGACUCCUGCAGCUGGCGACCACCAUGCAGGUGAAACUGCAAAGGGUUAUGUCAUUACAGUGGCCUCAGAUAAACCGCGCCAUCACAAUCCUAUAAAAGUGGAGCGUCCUAAACAGAAUUGGAAUCCAGCUUCUCAGAGCCAGGCGCCUUCAGUCCACCACGCAACUCAGACCAAUAUUGUGAGUUGUCCACUGAAGAGAAAAAUACUCAAAGAAGAAGAAGAGGAAGAAGAAGAAUCACCAAAAAAGAAGUGUUUCCAGAGUGACAGGAAAUGGAAGCAAGAGGCUCAAAGUGGGGCAGUGGAAAUUCCCAUACCACGUGCUCAAACUUUGGAGCCUGGGAAACCCAGUUUCUCAGUCUGGGUCGGUCCAGAUCCAAAGUGGAAGAGAGAGGAACUCCCCAGCUCAUCUAAAAAGAAGAAGGAUGCUUGUGACAAUCAGUCUCAGGUCAUGGGCAAACGUAAGUACAGCAGUCUUAAUGACCCAUUGCCUAAGAAAGUGGUCGUUGGGCCUCUGCAGAAAGCAGCCAGGCCAGCCUUUGACUCAAGCAAGAGCACUGCCAUUCACUGCAGCAGGAGUGAUGGAAAUCCCGGUGCCAGAGGCUUUGCUCCCGCCCAAAGCCUCCCUCUAUCAGCUUUCAUAAAAACAGCACGAUACAAAUUACAGCCACGUGAGGGGAGCCAUGAGCCUUGGGUACUUCUAGAGGAUAUAGACAAUCUGCACACUUACGAGGCUCCAAAGUAUAGUAAUUUCCAGGUGACUCCUUCAAAUGAUGGUGCCAAAGCCUGUCCAAAACCAGUUAUAAAUGAGUGUCUGGAAAGCAAGAAGAAAAAAAAAGCCAAGAAGGAAAAAACUCAUGCUAAGCCAAGUUUUCCUGAGAGCAUUUGUAAAGCAGUUAUUCUCCAGGAAAAAUCCCGAGGCACUUCAGAAAAGCAGUCCAUCUGGAUUCGGAUUAAAGCAAAUGCUAUCAUCAAAAAGUACACCCUGAAAUAUUCGGUUCUCUUGAAUAAUCGACAUCAGACCAAGGCCACUGUUACCGCAGAGAAACCCAAGAAGAAAAUAUCCGAUGGCAUUAAACUGAAGAAGAAGAAGAGGAAGGAGGCUGCUAAAAUGUUUCUGAGCUCCCCUAUCUCAGCAGCUUGUUUCAAAGAGCAGAUCAGAGCUGGGGCAGGGCCCUCCGAGAAAUGCUGGGUGCUAUGUUCCUCCAGCACUUCGGGAAGAAGCAAACCUGCCCAUAAGACUUACAGAAAGAAAGUGCCGAUCCUUGUGAGGGAGUGCGACUUGAGAAGCUCAUGCUGCGUUCCAGCUGGCAAUAAGGUGAGGACUCGACUCUCAAGCAAACUAAAGAAACUGAGGCAAACAGAAGCUGUGAAUCAUCCAAGUCCUUGGUCAUCCAACACUCCACUGAGCAAGGAACCGUUGAAGGUGUGCUGCUUGCGGCUGACACGCUCCUCUGACUCACCCACCUCCGUGCCUGUGGCACCCACCACCAGAACUAGUCAUCAGUACUGAUGGAACUGUCUGCUUUAGGACUGAGUUCAGAUUGUCCUCAGAUGUCCUUGUGGAUCCUGGGUUUGAUCCGGGAUGACAGAUCUCCUUGUUCUUUCAUUGGUUUGCUUCAUUAUGGACAGUUCUUCAGCCUUUCUCUGUACCUAAUGGCAUAGCAUUUUGAAGAUAAACUGAUUUUGUGGGAUAUUCUUCAGUUUCAGUUUGUCUGCUGUUUCUUUGUAAUCUAUGCAUUCUUUGGAAUUCUGUGUUCUCUGUGUAUCUUAGCAGAAACCAUGUGAUGUCGAUUUAAAUGUGGUGAUUAAAGAUACUCAGUGUUGGUCUUUA